UCCUCUUUCGACCUUCAUCAUCUGUAAGUGCCCAUUCAGAUUUCGAAGAAUUUGCUGCCCCCCAUCGGUCAUCUCCGUUAACGUAAAGCAGUUCAUUCUUGCGUUUAUAAAAGUACAUCAUGAGAGAAAUUAUUCACGUUCAAGCUGGUCAAUGUGGUAACCAAAUUGGUCAAAAAUUCUGGGAGACCAUUUCCCAAGAACACGGUAUCGAUCCCAACGGUAGCUACUGUGGCGACAAUGAUUUGCAAUUGGAACGUAUCAACGUUUUCUAUAACGAAGGUUCCCUGGGCAAAUAUGUGCCGAGAGCCGUGCUUGUGGAUCUCGAACCUGCAACGAUGGAUUCUAUCCGUUCAAGCACUUACGGCAAGAUCUUCCGCCCCGAUAACUUCAUCAAUGCCCAAUCGGGUGCCGGUAACUCAUGGGCCAAAGGUUACUACACCGAAGGUGCCGAACUUGUAGAAUCCAUUAUGGAUGUUGUGCGCAAAGAAGCCGAAAACACCGAUUGCCUGCAAGGUUUCCAGCUCGCUCACUCCUUGGGUGGUGGUACCGGUUCCGGUCUUGGUUCGCUUUUGCUUUCCAAAAUCCGCGAAGAAUACCCCGACAGAAUCUUGAGCACCUACUCUGUGGUUCCCUCGCCCAAGGUUUCGGACACCGUCGUUGAACCUUACAAUGCCGUUCUUUCCGUUCAUCAAUUGGUUGAAAACUGCGAUGCUACUUUCUGUAUCGAUAACGAAGCUCUUUACGACAUCUGUUUCCGCACUUUGAAGUUGUCCAAUCCUAGCUACCCCGAUCUUAACCAAUUGGUCUCAGCUGUCAUGUCGGGUGUGUCCACCAGUUUGCGUUUCCCCGGUCAGCUCAACUCAGAUCUCCGAAAGUUGUGCGUUAAUAUGGUGCCUUUCCCUCGUCUUCACUUCUUCAUGGUGGGUGUGGCUCCCUUGACCGCUUUUGGCUCCCAGCAAUACCGUAACUUGAGCGUGCCUGAACUUACGGCUCAGAUGUUCGAUGCCCGUAACAUGAUGGCUGCUUCCGAUCCCCGUCACGGUCGCUAUUUGACCGUGGCCACUAUUUUCCGUGGUCUUUUGUCGACCAAGGAAGUGGAAAAUCAAAUGUUGGCUGUCCAGCAAAAGAACUCUUCCUACUUUGUUGAAUGGAUCCCCAACAGCGUCAAGUCGUCGCUGUGUGACAUUCCUCCCGUUGGUCUCAAGAUGUCUGGUACUUUCAUUGGUAACAGCACGGCUAUCCAAGAUCUCUUCAAGCGUGUCAAUGAACAGUUCACAGCCAUGUUCCGACGCAAAGCUUUCUUGCAUUGGUAUACUGGUGAGGGCAUGGACGAGAUGGAGUUCACUGAAGCCGAGUCCAACAUGAACGACUUGGUGUCGGAAUACCAGCAAUACCAAGAAGCAACUAUUGAUGAGGAUUAUGACGAAGAAUACGUUGAAGAAGAAGAUGAAAUGCCCAUGGAAGAGUAGAUUUCCUUUGUUUAAUCAUCUUUAGUGAUGUUGUGUUCGUCGUUUCUUUAAUAACCAUUUACAUGCAUCGUAGUUUGUUUUGUUCACCAAUAUCUUGAAUACCUCUCUUUAAUCGUG